AUGGCGACGCAGCACACCUUCUUAGCUUCGCGCAAACACGCUCCACCACGGCCUAUUUUGACCUGCAAUUUGACUGCGUUCCGCACGGCGCCAGACAUCACCCGGCCCCGCUAUGAGUUCGUCUGGUGCAAUAAUUUAUUGACGCCCACAAUUUCGACUUACGAUUACGACACGACCAACGACCCCAACAACACCACAACAGAGUACGCACCACAGUCAGGCUUUCUUUCUUCCGCUUCCGCCACCAUGGCGCGCGCGGCCGUUCUACCUCCAUCUCCUGUCAAACGGGGAGCGCGUACAGCUCCUCGGACGACUUUGACGAAGACUACUGCUUCUACCGCAGCAAAGAAGAAGGCGCCGGCCCGAAUGCCCGUGAAGAGCGCUACCUUGUCGGAUACAGACGAUACCGAAGAUGAGCUUGGUAUGAUGAUGAAGGAACAACAAAAACCCGGUCGACCCCGUGGAAACUCCGCUGCACGGCCGGCUGCACGGCCAGCAACGAAAGCUACCGCCCGUGGCAAGAAAUCAACGCCACCAGCCCAAGAAGAAGCACUCGCCGGGCUCGACGAUGAAUCGGGAGCCGCGAAAGCAGAACCUCCGAAGAAGCGCGUCGGGAGGCCACGGAAAAAUCCCUUACCUGAGGAACCUGCUGUCGCUAAACUCGAAGCUGCACCCAAGCCUCGAGGACGACCGAAGGGCUCUCAAAAUACGUCGAAGCCGACAACUACGUGCAAGACUACCCGAAAAGCUACCGAAGCUGAGAACACAUCAGACGAGUUGGGGCCGACGAAGAUCAUUAUAAACCCGAACGCCAUACGAUCCAAUCUUCUCCGAGGCCCGGCGAAGAAGAAGACUGUGACGUUCCAAGAUCCGACCGACUCGGGAGUGGACGAGGAGGUAAAGCCCGCUGCUUCAACCGCUGGACGGAAAAAGGCAGCUACAAAAGAUGCUGGAAAAACCGGACUUGGCUCUACUCCUGUGCGUAAGAACUCGGCUGUGACUGGCCGGGGACGCAAGCCUGCAGCAGCGAAGAAAGAUGACUCUCAGCCUCUUUCUCCCAAGAAAGCGAAGCAAGUUGCGAAGUCUCUAUCCGCUUAUGCUAGUUCUGAUGGCGAGGAGGAUGAGUUGAGUGCCGCGAAGGAUGACUCCAGGAGUCCAAUUAGACUGCUAGUCCAUUCGCCUGCCAAAGAUAUCACCGAACGCGUGGGGAUGGCAUCUCCCGUUCGCAAGAUUAACUUCACACCCAAGAAAACUCCCACCAUUAUCGAUGAGAAUGGUGAUCUUAAAUUCCCGACGCCCAAACACGGAUCUUCAACCACAGGUCUCAGCUCCCCAGUGAGGAGAAUCAACUUCACGCCAAACCACAGUCGAAACGCCGUCGCCGACAAUGGCCACCUGGCUCUUCCGCCUGGAAAAUCAAUUGAUUUCAGUGAUUCUGUCUUCAUGUCUAGCCCAGCCAGGCGACCUGAGGCUUCCCCAUCUCCUUUCAAAUUCAGUCUCCGGGAUACCCCCAAUGGUGGAUUUUCCCACUCAGUCCCGGCGCCAAAUUUUACCCCGGGCCGUGAAUCGCCACUCAAGAUGUCUCCUAGAAAGGGCCACUUGGCUGCAUCUUUCUCGGGCACACCGUCUAAAGCCGCAACGCCUUUGUUCCAGGCUCAGUCUUCCCUGAUCCAAAGUCCAGCGAAGAGGAUAGCUUCUCCUUUCAAGACUUCUCUAUUUUCUUCCAAAGCCACGAUUCGUGAGGAGAAUGCCGAUACUUUCGCUGGGUCUGCCAUGAAGGCCAGGAAAUUUGCUUCUCCUUCCAAGGAUUUCCAACCUUUCGGUGGUGAUGAAGAUCUUGACAUGGUAGAAGAAGUGGCUCGUGAUAUUUUUGGAAUCGAGUUGCAAUCUGACAGGAAGUCUUCAUCCGCUUCACCGUUCUUGAAUGAGUCACCAAAAACCGAACCAGUGGAGGAUGUUGCAGCCACACCUGCCAAAGCUGCUGAAGAUGAAGCCAUGAGCGAAUAUAGUGAUGAGAAUGUUGAACCAGUCCCGGAGCAUCGAUCAACUCAUAAUGAAGCCGCAGAGUAUGACGUUAUGAGUGGAUCUGAGGAUGCGGAUAUCGAUGAGAAGUUGGAAGAGCUGCAAGAAGAGAUUCGCCGCGAACCUGAAGACAUGGGUACAUUCUGCUUCAAUACCAUGGAAGAACUUCAGGAGCCUUUCCAGAAUCUUGAACAACCGAGAAUCUUUGAUUUCGCCGUGGAUUCUGAUGAGGUUGAUCCGAAUGAGGAGUCGGCGGUUCAAGAUCAAGGCGAACGUGAACCCAUCUUUGGAAAUGCCAACCUGUCCUUCUCCGCUUUCCGAACCCACACUCGGACUGGACGCUCUCGAGGAACUGCAAAUGUCCCGAUCGGAUCACGAGGACUGGCCUCAACAGGGGAAAAUGAGCAGCAUGAAGAUUACAUUGCAUCCAUCCGCUACCCAGAUGAAGAGCAGGAAAUGGAGAGCGAACAAGAGGACAUUCCGGAUAACGACUUUACUUUUGCGCAAUCCGAAAUCGCAUUCUCAGUGACUCCUCAACCUCGCUCGCCAUUUCAACAAGACUCGACAUAUCAGCAGAUGUACGAGGAUGAACAAAUCACCAGUCCAUUCCAGAUUAUGCAGUCUGUUCCUCCCCUAGCACCUACUCCCCUUGCCGGCGAGAUGACACCUGUAUCCAUACGGCAGGAGGAAGCUCAGGCCAGUGUCAAGUCUAUUGAUCGACUUUUCGACAUCAACUAUUCACCACGCCCACUUGCUCAAGAGAGUCCUUUCGACACAACACAGACUGAAAUACUCUCUCCUGUUGCGCCAAGCGUCUCCAACACCCCUCGUGUUCAAAACAACCGGAAGUCUGUUGCAGGAGUCGACUUGGGAUUCACCCCUCUAGCAGAACGAUUUGACAACUGGGAUACUAAUAUUGCAAUUCAAGAGAGGACACCCCGGCCACGGCGCCGUGGUGUGUUUUCUCUUGUGGGCCCCCUCGACAAGGCCACUGAAAUCAAUCCUCCGGCCCAGGAAGAUGAUGUAUCAUACCCUGACCUCUCGCGCACUCCUCUUACCAACACUCCAAGUUUGUUCACUGAUUUACCUCUUCGCCUUUCUGUCUCUCCCACGAGAUCUCCUGCACGUUCUUCCCUGGCUGAACACGAUCCUGAGAUGAUAGAAUCACCGGGCAAGAGCGACAUCUACGAGGACGAGGAGUCUGUUGUUUUGGAGAAUGAAGAAAUAAAACAAGUCGAGCAACAAGAGGAGACUGCUGCCCAUGAAUCUUCCGACAAUGAAGCUAUGGACUCUUCUGAUGAGGACAAGGAGAACUUGGACACCGCUCCCCCUGCGCCAGCCACCCCAGUAAGACCUGUGCCAGGACAAAGCCGAAUGGUUCAUACUGUCUCGAAGGUGCCGCUUAAAGCCGAGGGCGACCUUCCCCGAAAACGCGGUCACUCCCUUGCGAGCGCAUCUCCCACUCGCUCUUCUCCUCGCAUUUCUAAGCCCAUCUUCCCCCAGCUGACUUGCAGUAUGCCCUCGUUCUCUCCACACAACGCACCGCGGAUGUGUCGAAGCCCAAGUCCCAAGCGUCGCUGCAGUGCUCCUAGACGUUCUAGUGGGAAGGUGACAGACGUGACGCCAACAAAGGCUCCAUCCGUCGCUGCGAGUCCAGCGAAGACUCCGCGCCCCAACUUCAACCCCAGUAGUCAGGCUCUACGCGGUGCUGUUGUACAUGUGGAUGUUCAUACCACUGAGGGUGAAGAUGCUUCCGGCAUCUUCCUCGAACUUUUGCAACAAAUGGGCGCUCGAUGCGUAAAGUCGUGGUCUUGGAAUCCCCGAGCCAGUCUUUCCCCAGCUGAUGAUGCAGACUCCAAGGAGGCUAACUCCAAAGUGGGCAUCACCCAUGUGGUAUACAAGGAUGGUGGAUUGCGCACCCUGGAGAAGGUGAAGCAUGCGGCUGGCCUGGUCAAGUGUGUUGGCGUCAACUGGGUUUUGGAUUGUGAACGAGAGAACAAGUGGCUCGAAGAGACCCCAUACACUGUUGACUGUUCGAUCGUCCCUCGCGGCGGAGCCAAGCGCCGCAAGAGCAUGGAGCCACGUGCGCUGAGCAAUGUUAAUGGUACUCUUGUGCACACUGCGGAGCCAUCCACUCCCUCUGCCAGUGGUCGUCGCCACGGUGCCAACCUUGGAGCAAUCGAGACUUUCCGCAAGAUCACCCCGCCAACGCCUGUUCAAGUGCCAUCGACCCCUGAGCAAUCCAAUGAUCGCUACGCCAUCCCUCAGACCCCUGGCUACAACUUCGCCAACCUUGAUGCCAUUGGCAUGUCUCCUGCUACCCCCUACUUCUUGUCUAAUCGCAAUAAGCUCGUCCAGCAGUCUUGUCCACCUAAGCAGAGCCAACGGGGUCUCUUCUCGGCGGGCAAACCUAGCACACGUCGUGGUCUAUUUGACGUCGACGACGAUGAGAGACGCAAACAGCGUACUAGGAUGGAAGCUGCAAGGCGCAAGACCAACCUCUUCAAACCCUCCGCUGAAAGUCCACUCAAGCGGUAA